AUGAAAGAAGUUAAAGCAGCAACCGAUUUAGAACUGUUGGUUAAUAAAAUUGAUAGCACGGGAUAUAUUUGUAGGCUUAAGCAAUCUGUUAAAACAUGUAAAAUAUGCAACAUAAAACAUUUUAUAUCGCAUGAUUGGUUUACUGAUUUAGAAAAAGAAUUUAAAGAUGAUUAUUUUGAAACUCUUUGUACAAAACUUCAUGGUAAGGUGUUUUUUCCUAAAGUAGAAAAUAUAUUUACUUUUACGUAUUUUUUUCCGUUAGCAGACACAAAAGUUGUUAUUUUAGGGCAAGAUCCAUAUCACAACUUAAAUCAAGCUAUGGGUUUAGCCUUUUCUGUUCCCAACAAUGUUAAAAUACCGCCUAGCUUAAAGAAUAUUUUUCAAGAGUUAAAAAAUGACAUUUUAGAUUUUGUAAUUCCAAAACAUGGAAAUCUGGAAGCAUGGGCUAAACAAGGUGUUUUACUUUUAAAUGAUGUACUUACUGUCGAACAACACAAACCUGGUUCACACAGCGAUUUAGGUUGGGAAAUAUUUACCAAAGCAAUUUUAAGUAAAAUUAACGAAACAUGUCAAAACGUUGUUUUUAUUUUUUGGGGAAACUAUGCUAGGUCUAAAAGUAAGUAUGUAAAUAAACACAAACAUUUAGUACUUGAAGCCGCACAUCCAAGUCCUUUUAGUGCUUAUAAAUUCUUUGGGUGUAAACAUUUUUCUAAGACAAAUGAGUAUUUAGUAAAGAACGGAAAAUCUCCAAUUAAUUGGAAUUUAUAG